AUGGCCUCGUUGAGCUCCAGCUACUGGAAUGAAACCUCCACAUCUGUUUAUCAGUACCUCAGUUUUCAAGUUCAAAAAAUUUACCCUUUCCAUGACAACUGGAAUACAGCCUGCUUUGUCAUCCUGCUCUUAUUUAUAUUUACAGAGGUGGCUUUAGUGGUGCUGGCCUUCCUUUAUGAAGUGCUUGACUGCUGCUGCUGUGUAAAAAACAAAACUGUGAAAGACUUGAAGAGUGAACCUAAUCCUCUUAGAAGUAUGAUGGACAAUAUAAGAAAACGGGAAACUGAAGUGGUCUAG